GCCAUCUGAGAAGAGAACAGGCGGCAGGGUUUUAGCCUUCUAAGCCAUUUCUCUCCUCUCAGUUCAGCUCGAGCUCUCUCCCUCUGUGCAAAAAUCAUCGUUUACAGAAGAAUUCUACUCCAUUUCCUGUUUUCUUCUUUGGAGACGUUAAAUCAUCUUAAUUGGGGGGCUGUGUUCGACGACGAUGAUGCCAAUGCAGAACCCUUUUUCUCUCGCCCGCAAAACCCCGCUCUUGUUUCGUUUGGGUGGAAUUCCUCUUCCUCGCCUUUCAGUUCCUAAGCUCCCUCGAGCUUGCGCUAACCGAGUUCGGAUAACUGGGCACGCGGCAUGUGCUUCUUCCGCUUCCCUGAACUCUUCUCGCUCGCCCCUGUUUAAGGAUUUGGGCUCUUCUGGAGCUGGAAUUAGCCAGCUGGGCUCUUGUCGAUUUCGAGUUUUGGCGGUUUCUGGUGGCGGGAGUGGAGUAGGAGGAUAUGGCGCCGGAAACUCUGGCGGCGGCGGCGGUGGUGAAGGCGCCAAUGAUGGCGGCUCUUCUCCUCGUGGAAAUAACUGGUCUUUGCUUUCAUGGUAUUUGAGUCUUCUGGCCAAGUAUCCUGUUCUUACCAAAGCUGUUACAUCCGGAAUUCUAAAUUUCCUUGGAGAUUUAAUCUGUCAGCUCGUGAUUGAUAAAGUUCCAUCUCCAGACUUCAAGAGGACUUUUCUAUUUGCCUUUCUGGGGCUGGUACUAGUUGGUCCCACUUUGCAUUUCUGGUAUUUGUAUCUGAGUAAGUUGGUAACGAUUCCAGGAGCAGGAGGUGCAUUCACACGUCUCAUACUCGACCAGUUCCUUUUCUCUCCAGUGUUCAUUGGUGUCUUCUUAGCAGCAUUGACUGUGCUUGAAGGAAAACCUGCUCAAGUUAUGCCAAGACUGCAACAGGAAUGGUUCUCUUCUGUCGUAGCAAAUUGGCAACUGUGGAUACCCUUUCAGUUUCUCAACUUCAGAUUCGUGCCGCAGCAGUUUCAGGUUCUCGCUGCAAACGUGAUCGCUCUGGCUUGGAAUGUGAUACUCUCAUUCAAAGCGCACCGCGUGAUUUUGGAGAAUUGAAGGCCGAUUGUGUUGUAGCAUGAGCGAGGCUCCAGGUAUUGUACAUUUGUUGCUGUGUAAUGCUAGAAGGUGCGGAGAAAAAAAAACUUUCAGACGGUUGUUGAGACCUUGAGUGCAAUGCAUUAUGUAAGAAAGACUAUUCUGGGUGAAGCCAGUUUGCUCCUUUCGAUCAAGAUUCCUGCGAAAAGUAAAAAACCAUUCCAGAAUCACCAAUGACCAAUGUUACCCAGUACAAAACCCAAAAGAAGAAACUUAGCUGCAGAUCGAACUGCGACUGGAUAACUACUUUCCGUAAUACUGACAGAAGAAUAUGUAAUACACCAGUUCCUUCUUGCCACAGUUGGCUGGCUGUCUUUUCGAUAAACCAGCUGCAUGCUCCUGAACCGCAAAGGACUUGACAUAAACUGAGUCCAUGCACUCAGACGAUCACCCAUUCCACGGAAAGAAAAUGACUACAUCCAC